AGGCAGGACGGAGCGGAGCAGAGCGGAGCGGCCGCCGGGUCCAGCGCGUCUCCACGGGGUCGGUCUGGAAGAGAAGCAGGGACAACGUGCGAAGCGGUCUGCGGACCCAGCCUGGCGCGGAGCGGAAGCAAAAUGACUUUCCUCGCGCUCAUCUUCCUGCUCUCCCUCCUGCACGCUGCAGCUGCGAGAAGCAAAUACCCGCCCAAAGGAGCAGUUUUGAGCCCUGUAUUUGGACCGAGGGAGGUGAACGGUUUGCUGAACGGAUCGGUCAUUGUGAAAUGCUUCUACCCCCAAACCAAGGUGAACAAGCACGACAGAAAGUACUGGUGCAGGGAGUCGACGAGGAGCUGCCAGACCAUCGUCUCUUCCAACGGCUACAGGGCUGCAGGCUACAAGGACAGAGCAUCCAUCAUCGACUACGCAGAGCAGGGCAUAUUCCUAAUCAACAUUUCGCAGCUAGCGUUGGCGGACAGAGGCACUUAUCGAUGUGGCCUUGGCCUCAACGGCAGAACACUCUCCUUCCAAGUCCAGGUGGAUGUUUCUGAAGGUCCCAACAUCCCCGAGGAAGCCGAACUCUUCUACGUGGAGCUGGGAGGCUCUGUGACCAUGUCCUGCAGCUUUGGUGAAGAGUAUGGGAGUGAAAGGAAAUACUUAUGCAAGAUGGAGAAAUCUGGCUGCCGAAACAUCAUCGAUACCUACGGGAAGGUGGACGAAGAAUACGCAGGGCGCAUUUUGCUGAGCAAUCAGGACUCUCUAGGGUCAUACAGCAUCAUGAUGACUCAGCUGGGCUGGGAAGACUCGGGGCUCUACUUGUGUGGUGUUGGGGUCUACGGAGAGACUGGAGAAACUAAGGAACUGGAUUUGCAUGUCUAUGAAGGGACAGAUGUUCCUCAAGGAAAACACACAAUAUUUGGAAUGAAAGGAGGUUCGGUGGCUGUUGAAUGCCACUACAACUCUAGAGAAAGAAGCUCAGUGAAGUACUGGUGCAAGUGGAGGAAAAAUGGGUGUGCUCGGAUAAUAGACAGCUCUGGGUUUGUGUCCGACGCGUACGAAGGAAGAGUAGCCAUGUACGAUGACCCAGAGAACAACACGGUUACCAUCAUCCUCAACCAGCUGGUGGAUGGCGACAAAGGCUAUUACUGGUGCAUGACAGAUGAAAACAGGGAAAGGAAAUCAUCAAAGGAGUUGAAGAUCAUCGAUGGGGAACCUAGUUUAACAGGAGAGAAGGAAGUGGAAGCGAACGUGGGUUCACAGGUGCUUCUAGCUUGCUCUUACCCGUGCAAGUACUACUCCUACGAGAAGUAUUGGUGCAAGUGGACCAGCACCAGCUGCACCCCUGCGACGGCUUCCAACCAAAGCUCCCUGGGGCUGAACGUUGGCUGUGAGAAGGCCAACAAGACACUCUUCCUAAAUUUUGACCCUGUGGCACUGACGGACCAAGGCUGGUACUGGUGUGGAGUGAAGCGCAACGGCGUCUAUGGGGAAACCAUGGCAGUGCACCUACGAGUAGGUGGAGCAACGGUAGCUGCGGAAAGCGUCGCCAAUCCCAGCCCAGAGCUCCUGGACGUCGACGCUGCCAGCGAGGUCCAGGGCGGUGCUAGUCCCCAAGGCAGAGCCAGCAGCAGCGCCGGAGAGGAAAGGGCAGCCAGCGUGGAGAGCUCUGGAGAAGGCGAUGGCUCAAACAACACCCUCGCUGUUGUCCUGGCCGUUCUCGGUGCAGUGCUCCUGAUCCCCGCUACAGUUUUUGCUAUUUACAAAUACCGGCAGAUAAAGCGAUCUGACCUGGUUUCAGUCGGGAGCUACAGGACGAACAUCAGCAUGUCGGACUUCGAGACCGCCAAGGAGUACGGAGCAAACGAUAACGCCUGCAUGACAGAGACCCAGGAGACGCAGACCGGGGGGGACGAAUUCGUGACCACCACGAACAACGCUGAAAGCACUGCCGAGGCCAAGAAGGCGAAAAGGAGCUCCAAGGAGGACUCGGACGUCGCCUACUCCGCUUUCCUGCUGCAGGCGAGCGCCGUGGCCCUGGGGCACCGCGCCGAGGGCAGCACCGCCUCGGCCGCCCCGCCGGCGCCCCGGGACGGCCAGCUGUGACCGCGGGAGCCCGCGCUGCGCCCUUCGUCGCCGUCGCUGCUUGCUUCAUCUUCGUCUUCUCUCAUUAAAAUUCCGCUUGGAGGGGUGAUUUGGUAAGGAGCUGGGAUCCCGCAGCGCGCUGGUCCCGGGAAACGGGCUCCCGGGUGCAAGGGGCUCCUCGGAGCAGCUCGGACCACGAGGGAGCGACGGCUCGAGCGGCUUCGCCUCCCUGGGGCCUGCGUCUGACCAGCGCCACGUGCAACGUGGAGGGCUCUCAAGGAUCAGGAAACGCACUUAAUAAUCUCAUUUUUUUUUAAAGGCAGCUAGAAAAUACUUCUGAAUGUAUUUCUGAAUACUUCUGACUCAUUCUUUUGAUUCUUCUAAGCUUUCAAACUCGGACGGCAGUGCCCGAGGUGGCCUGACGUGUUUUUACUCGCGAUAUUCACCAAUAAAGAAUACACUUGCCUUUUAGCAGA